AUGAACCAGUCGGAUGCAGCUGCUCACAACGAAUGCCUAAACUACGUCAACGUGGACAAUGGAUCUCUGUGGAACGAAAGCGUUGGCUCCAACACCUCCCGAAGAACUCUGCAUCACCUCUUUAUUGGAGCCCAAAAGCAGGAACCCAGUCAUGUGGCCAUUCCGGCCACUAUUUUUUACAGCCUCCUCUUCCUUUUCGGUAUGUUGGCCAACGGGCUUACCAUCCUUACUUUGAUGAGAAACAGUAGGAUGAAAGUGAGCGCCAUCCGCUUCUACCUCUUGAGUUUGGCCUUGGCCGAUAUUCUACUUCUGCUAACGAUCCCAGUGACUUUGUACAGGUACUUCUGGCAAUAUUACCCUUGGGCUCUGUCUGACACGGUGUGUAAACUCUAUUUCAUGAUCAGGCAGGUCUACUGUGCCACCACCAGUUGGACCAUCGUUGCGCUCACUUCAGAGAGAUACUUUGCCAUAUGUCAUCGCAUGUGGUCGAUCACCGGACUUCGUAAAUCCCGCAUGGCUUAUUUAUUGGCCUUCAUUUGGAUUUUGUCCUUCCUCAGCACUAUACCUGUGGCUAUUGUAUAUGGUGAGUCUUCAGCGUGUAUCCUGGACUACACCGCUACUUCUCAGGACAAGGUUGUCCUUGACUCCACAGUGUGUGAAAUGCUGGAACCAAAACCAUAUAUCGUUUAUAAAAGCAUCAUGCAAAUUCGGAGCAUCUUGUUCUUCGUCGUGCCCUUGGUUGCCAUCAUUAUUUUUCACCUCCUGAUAUUCCAUCACUUUAGAAUGAACCACCGGCAGAGGGAAAUGAUUGGGCUCACAAGAACACACUGGCAAUUUUCUUCAAAGCAUAUGAAUCAGCCUCGUAGUCAGCCAUUGUCAGAAAGAAAGGCUCGUCAACUUAUGGGUGCGGUGGUGGUGGCGUUCUUCUUGUGCAAUUUUCCAGACACGGCGUCCUCCCUCAUGCAGAUCUAUAUAGAUAACUGGAACACCUAUGUGCUGAAGGUCUACACCUUACUGAAGACUUACCUCUCGCUGCCACUCUGGUAUCUCAAUAGCGCUCUGGACCCAAUCCUGUUUUGCAUCUCGUCUACGUCUUUCCGCAGUGCGUGCAGGGAAACCCUAUCGGCAGUUCCUCCCUGGCAGGAAAAAUCUGCAGACGGACCACAUCACAUAUCCCAAGCCUCCGGUGUCCGGUCCGGAGGAUCUUCCCUGUUGUCGGCACCCAGCACACGUUCAACAUGGACCCUGAAUUCCAAUGAAGGAGAAUUGAAAGUGAGCUCAGGCCAGGCUUGCAAUAGUGACCCCAAACUUUUAUUCUUCAGGCACCUUGAUGUGAUGGAAGUAAGGGACUUCUCUGUGCCAUAA